AUGAAUACACCGCCACCAUUUCCCUCGAAACAAUUAAUUGCAAGGUCAUACAAAGUAUUUGCUGAACCUUUUGUUCUUGCAAGACUCGAUCCAACUUUGAGAAUUGCACAAAGACUCUACAAGAUGUUUACCGAAUUAUUUAGUAUGAAUGCAGAGGCAAAGAUUGGUUUGUUUGUAGCUGCCGUUGCUGCCCUUUUAGGUGUCAAGUUUUUAUUUGCCAACAAUACUUCUGUUCCAUCUGAAUCCAAGAAGGAAUCAAAGCCUGCAUUGGAUGCAAAGGAAUAUAAAAAGUUUAAGCUCCAAAAAAAGAUCAUUGUUAACCAUAACACUCGUAUCUUUAGAUUCGAGCUUCCAAACGCAACUGAUCGUCUUGGUCUCCCAAUUGGACAACACAUUUCUCUCCGUGCCACCGUCAAUGGCAAGGAAGUCUACCGUCCAUACACCCCAAUCUCGUCGGACGACGAUCUUGGAUACUUUGACCUUUUGAUCAAGGUCUAUGAAAAGGGACAAAUGACCACCUUUGUCGACAACCUCUUUGUCGGUGACUCGAUCGAUGUCAAGGGUCCAAAGGGUCUCUUUAACUACAAGCCAAACAUGUUUAAGCAUAUUGGUAUGUUGGCCGGUGGUACUGGUAUCACUCCAAUGCUCCAAGUCAUCAAGGCUAUCGUAUCCAACCCAGAAGACAAGACCAAGGUUUCUUUGGUAUUUGGUAACAUCACCGAAGAAGAUAUCCUCCUCAAAAAGGAAUUGGAUCAAGUCUCUGAAAAUUAUCCAAAUAUUUCAAUUUAUUAUGUUUUGAAUAAUCCACCACAAAAGGGAUGGACUCAAGGAGUUGGUUUCAUUUCUCAAGACAUUAUCCAACAACAAUUGCCAGCACCAAGCGAAGGUGUCAAGGUUUGUUUGUGUGGUCCAACUGUCAUGAACAAGGCUAUGACCGGUCACUUAUUAGCUCUUAACUUUAAAGAAGAAGAUAUUUUCACUUUCUAA